GGGCUGUGCGUCGUUCUGUGAGGACUAUGAGUACUUUGGGGCCGAAUAUGGGCGGGAGUGCUACUGCGGGAAUUCGUUUGCCGAAGGGGCCGUCGAGGCUCCCGCCAGCGAGUGCUCGAUGCCGUGUGCUGGGGACGGGGAGCAACUGUGCGGGAACGGGAACCGGUUGAGCGUCUAUUCCAAGACUGCAUGAGUGCCGUCGAGGGGUAGAUCGGGAGUUUGGUUGUAAUGAGAAGGAGUUUGUAUAUACUGGGUUCGGAGAUCGUUUCUUUGCUUCCUUCCCCUGGUCAAGUUAGCAUACAGGCUGCCUCGCGGAAAGGAGAAUACCAUCGGGCUUUUCAACUUCAACCUAGCACGUCGGGCAUCAAAACGUCUGUGGACCCGAUAUCCUUUCCAUUUCCUUCUGAAUAUGUGAAUUGUUUGCAGGUCUCGCAUGGUCCGACUGUUCACCGAAGCUCUCACUCGAUAAGCGUUCGGGCAGGGGAACAGCAGCAAAGGGAGCAGCAGUUCGUGGUGGCUAUGCUUAACUGUGAGUGGACCAGGAGUCGCCCAGCAUUCAGGCGCGGAGAUGGAUAUAGCCAAUCCAGCGAGAGAGACUCUGGCGCCCGACCUCGGCACCCUCCCGGUCGAGAUUGUCUCGCUUAUUUUACAGCAGUUUUGCAUCUGCACUGCAGGAAGGAGCACGCUUACGAUUCACACCAUGGCUAUUUCCAAGGGAUCACAGAUAAACAACAGCGAGACCAACCAUCGUCCUACUCACACAACUGUCGGCAGUCCCUUCACUCAAUAUGUCUUGCAUCAAGGCGUAUACUAGGUUGUCGCCCAGCUCGUUCUGUACUACGAGUUGAUUCCAGGCUACGGAGACGCAUGGCGGUCAUGGCACUAUUCAUGAGGUGGCUCAGGCGUUCGAGUUUGCGAUGGUGGAUUUUGCGUGAGAAGUUUGUGAGUGGGCAGGCCGGCGUUGUUAUGAGUGACAUGCCCCUUUGAUCAUGUUGCUAGGACGGAAAUUCUUGAGGUAUACUAGCGUUGAGUGUCUCAAGUCCGUAUUUCCCCAUCAGAAACUACAAUCAGGCACCUUACAUUCCGAGGCAGCACAGGCGAAGAGACAUCUUGGGGCCCCUUGACCAUAACAGUUACACCAGCACUCAAUGACUGCUGUCUUAGCAUGAAGGCCGUUUACUGUUCUACGUGCUGACCACUGCAGAAGACCUGACUGUCGAGACGGGUGCGAAAUCCAGUGUUAGGA